AUGUGGACCGGGUGUAUGGUCCACCGGUUCACAGCUGACGUGGUGAACAGGGUCCAGCCAAGAACCAAUCUCCCACCACCGCCCCACCCUCCUGAUCACGUUAUCGUUGAUUCUCUAANCUCCUCCUCCUCCUCCUCCUCCUCCUCCCUCUCCCUCUCCCUCCCCAUCGACUCCCUCCUCCACCACCUCACCUCCUCCUCUUCCUCCCCAAACCCUAACAAAGCCCCCACCUUCAACCCCUCCCGGCCCCAAUCCCCGCCGACGCAUUUCGAUUUCCUCUCCCCCGACGCCAAUUCCCUUCUCAAAUCCAUUGCCGCCCUACCAUCGCCGGCACUAGAAUCGUUCCUAAACUCCUCCAAAGGUGAGAUUUUUACCUCCGAUUUCGCCGGCUUGCUGAAGGGACUCGACGCCUCCGGGCAUUGGGAGCGCUCGGUGAGCCUCUUCCGGUGGGCCGCUUCCGAUCCCGGAAUCCGCCGUGCCAAAUUGGACGCCCCCUCGAUCGAAUUGAUCAUCAGGGUGCUGGGCCGGGAGUCGCGGCACUCGCUCGCCUGCGAGGUGCUCGACGGAAUUCCCCUGAGGGACUUCUGCCUCGACAUCCGCGCCUACACCACGCUGCUCCACGCGUGCUCGCGGGCGCGGCGGUACGGGCGGGCCCUCGCCCUGUUCGGCGAGAUCAAGCACCAGGGGCUCCGGCCCACCCUCGUCACGUACAACGUCGUGCUCGACGUGUACGGCCGGAUGGGCCGGUCGUGGGGUGCAAUUCGGGAGCUCCUCGACGAGAUGAGGCGCGAGGGGGCCGGGUUCGACGAUUUCACCUGCAGCACGGUUAUCUCUGCCUGCGGGAGAGAAGGGCUGUUAGAGGAGGCGUCGAGCUUCUUCGAGCAAUCGAAAGCUCGGGGUUUUACGCCGGGAAUUGUCACGUAUAAUUCUCUACUACAAGCUUUCGGAAAGGCCGGGAAUUACGCGGAGGCUUUAAGUGUGUUGAGGGAAAUGGAGGAGAAUGAUUGCUCGCCCGAUGCUUUCACUUACAACGAGCUCGUCGCGGCUUACGCUCGAGCUGGGUUUUUCGAAGAGGCCGCGGCGGUUUUGGAUACAAUGGGUGGUAAGAGUAUUAUGCCGAAUUCGGUAACAUAUACAACGGUGAUUAAUGCGUAUAGUAAGGCGGGAAAGGUCGACGAGGGUUUAGCCUUGUUCGACCGGAUGAAGGAGUUGGGUUGCGUUCCGAAUGUUUGUACGUAUAAUACCAUCAUAGGAAUGUUGGGGAAAAAGUCGAGAUCAAAGGAAAUGUUGGCAAUACUUGGUGAGAUGAGGAACAAUGGGUGUAAGCCGAAUAGGAUUACGUGGAACACCAUGCUUGCAAUGUGCGGAAAGAAGGGGAUGGAACACUACGUGAGACGGGUCUACGCGGAGAUGAAGAAUUGCGGGGUUGAGCCGGACCGUGACACGUUCAACACUUUGAUUUCCGCGUACGGUCGGUGCGGCUCCCGAACCCAUGCUUUAGAGAUGUAUGAUGAGAUGGUGAGAGCCGGUUUUAGCCCUUGUCUUACUACGUACAAUGCCUUGUUGAAUGCGAUCGCCAGAAAAGGCGAUUACGUCGCCGCUCAAUCUGUGUUGUUGGAUAUGAAGAACAAAGGAUUUAAGCCUAAUGAGCUCUCUUAUUCUUUGUUACUUCAAUGCCAUGCGAGGGCAAAAAAUGUAGAAGGGAUAGAGGCGAUCGCAAAAGAAGUUUAUGAAGGCCAAAUUUUUCCGAGUUGGGUGAUAUUGAGGACACUUGUUAUUGCCAACUUCAAGUGUAGAGUUUUGAAGGGAACCGAAAGAGCAUUCGAGGAGCUAAAGAUUAAAGGGUACAAACCCGACUUAGUCGUUCUCAAUUCUAUGCUUUCGAUAUACGCAAAAAAUGGAAUGUAUGAAAAAGCUCGUGAGAUGUUCGAUUCAAUCCGUAAAAGUGGUCUCGAGCCCGAUUUAAUCACGUACAAUAGCUUGAUGGACAUGUACGCAAAAUGUGGCGAGUGUUGGGAAGCCGAAGAUGUAUUGAAACAGCUCAAAGUAUCCGGGAUCAAACCGGAUUUAGUGUCUUAUAACACCGUGAUUAACGGAUUUUGCAAGCAAGGGCUAAUGAACGAGGCUUUGAGGAUUCUAUCCGAGAUGAUGGGAGAAGGUAUAGUUCCUUGCAUGGUUACAUACAAUACGAUUAUCGCUGGGUAUGUCGGCAUAGAGAUGUUCAAUGAGGCUAACGACGUAAUUAGCUACAUGAUGAAGCAUAAUCUCAGACCCACUGAAUUGACGUAUAGAACGAUUCUCGACGGGUAUUUUAAAGCCAGAAAAUAUGAAGAAGCUGCAGGUUUUGUUUCUGAAAUUAUGAAGAUCGAUCCGGAUUUUGAUAAGCAAUCACAGCAGAGGCUAAAAGUUCAUGCACAACAGAACCUCGAGUCGCGGUGAUCGUGGCAAGGGUAUCGCACUGUAGUAAGGUUCCCAGCUUUUAUUUUGGUGUUGUAGAAUAAAAUGUUAAAUGCAUACAGGUCCCUCUAAAUAUAGUGAAUUGCAAAUAUAUUCCAACAAAAUUCAACUUUCAUAUAUUGUCUCUACAAAAGUUCUAAUGUUUUCAAAUAUAUUCUUCUGAUUUGUUAUCGUUAUAGAACUAUUUAUAUUUUAAGUAGAAUGUCAAUUUUGCCAUUAUAAAUAUGUCCCUCCAAAAGCCACAAUAGUAUAAUAGAAGAGGGGCAAAAAUGUCAAGUUAUUUUAUAAACUAAUCAGGGUUAAGUAUUUAACCUAUGGUUAAGUGAAGUUUUCUAAUGGAUUCUAACGGCAGGGACAUAUUUGAAAAUAUUAAGACUUUUGCAGAAACAACAUAUGAAAGUUAAACUUUGUAGGGAUAUAUUUGCAAUUCACUAUGUUUGCAAGGAACCUGUAUGAAAUUAAUCGUAGAAUUUAAAAGAAUUAUGCUAUGAUACUUCUACUCGUAUUAAACUCUUGUUUGUUUGUAUGAAUUGAAUGUUGUUAUUUAUAGCAUUGUGUGUAUUGGAGAGUCCUAUGCAUAUGGCGGAUCUGAACAUGUUAUCGGGGGAGGUGCUUUCGCUCAAGCAUGAGACGUGACAGAUUAAAGAUUAUUCACAAUUAAAGUCUUUUUAAAAUAGAGUAUGCUUUUAUUUCAGGUACAUACAUAGCCUGGCACAAAUAGUUGGUAUUUCGCUUGUUGAUUUGCUAA